AUGGCUAUGGAAAUACUUGGAGAGAAUGCUCAAAGGGCAGCCAAAUGUGAAGUCAAAUUUAAUGGUGAAACAGGGUAUGAGAUCCAGGAUGGGCCAUAUAAACAUGUUGUUGACUUUAGGAUAUAUUCCUGUACUUGUAGAUCAUGGCAACUCAAAGGAAUUCCAUGUGCACAUGCAAUUACAGCAAUGCAUUAUAAGAACUAUGAGGUUGAGCCAUAUGUUGACCAUUGGUAUAGAAAGGAUACCUACCUUAAGGCAUAUAGCAGAUUCAUUCAACCUUUAACUAGUAUGAAUUUGUGGCCAAAAAGCACACUGCUAGCUAUUGAGCCACCUGUUAUAACUGCAAUGCCAGGAAGGCAAAAGAAAAAAAGGAGAAAAGUUGUUGAUGAACCAAAGAAGAAGUUUGGGAAGGAGAAACCAAGGGGGAAAGGCUGGGACUAG